UUCUCCCCGUGAGGCGCUUGAGAGGACAACAUGGCAAGGGAGCUGCGGACGCUUCUGAUUUGGGGCCGCCGCCUUCGGGCUCCGUUGCGGGCUCCCGCGCUGGCGGCCGCUCCGGAAGGAAAGUCAGUUCUGUGUCCUCAGAGGACCCCACUUCAGUUCAGGAGCCCCGGGCAAAACCUGGUUUCCAGCUUCUACCCCGGACGUCUGUAUAGUACGUCGCAGGCUGCUGAGGACAAGAAGGAGGAGCCCCUGCAUUCCAUCAUUAGCAGCACUGAGACCGUGCAAGGGUCCAUCUCCAGACACGAGUUCCAGGCGGAGACAAAGAAGCUUUUGGAUAUCGUGGCCCGUUCCCUAUACUCAGAAAAAGAGGUGUUUAUACGGGAGCUCAUCUCCAAUGCCAGCGAUGCCUUGGAAAAGCUGCGACACAAGUUGGUGUCUGAUGGCCAGACCCUGCCAGAAAUGGAAAUCCACCUGCAGACAGAUUCUGAGAAAGGCACCAUCACCAUCCAGGACACUGGCAUCGGGAUGACACAGGAGGAGCUGGUGUCCAAUCUGGGCACAAUUGCCAGAUCAGGGUCAAAGGCCUUUCUGGAAGCACUGCAGAACCAGGCGGAGGCCAGCAGCAAGAUCAUCGGCCAGUUUGGAGUGGGCUUCUACUCAGCCUUCAUGGUGGCCGACAGAGUUGAAGUCUAUUCCCGCUCAGUGGCCCCUGGGAACCCAGGUUACCAGUGGCUAUCAGAUGGCUCUGGAGUGUUUGAAAUCGCUGAAGCUUCAGGAGUCAGAACUGGAACCAAAAUUGUCAUCCACCUCAAAUCAGACUGCAGAGAGUUUGCCAGUGAAGCCCGGGUUCAAGAUGUGGUGACCAAGUACAGUAACUUCGUCAGCUUCCCUCUGUACCUUAAUGGAAGGCGGAUUAACACCUUGCAGGCCCUCUGGACGAUGGACCCCAAGGAUGUCAGCGAGUUGCAGCAUGAGGAAUUCUACCGUUACAUCGCUCAGGCAUAUGACAAGCCCCGCUACACCCUGCACUACAGGACAGACGCACCCCUCAACAUCCGGAGCCUCUUCUAUGUGCCAGAGAUGAAACCUUCCAUGUUUGACGUGAGCAGGGAGCUGGGCUCCAGUGUGGCACUGUAUAGUCGCAAAGUCCUCAUCCAGACCAAGGCUGCAGACAUCCUACCCAAGUGGCUGCGCUUCGUUCGAGGUGUGGUGGACAGUGAGGACAUCCCUCUGAACCUCAGCCGGGAGCUCCUGCAGGAGAGUGCGCUCAUCCGGAAGCUCCGGGACGUGUUACAGCAGAGGCUGAUAAAGUUCUUCGUUGACCAGAGCAAAAGGGAUGCUGAGAAGUACGCAAAGUUUUUUGAAGAUUAUGGCUUGUUCAUGAGGGAAGGCAUUGUGACCACUGCAGAGCAGGAGGUCAAGGAGGACAUCGCGAAGCUGCUGCGUUACGAGUCUUCAGCACUGCCUGCUGGGCAGCUGACCAGUCUGUCAGACUAUGCCAGCCGCAUGCAGGCUGGCACCCGCAGCAUCUACUACCUGUGCGCGCCCAGCCGGCACCUGGCAGAGCACUCGCCCUACUACGAGGCUAUGAAACAGAAGCACACAGAGGUCCUCUUCUGUUAUGAGCAGUUUGAUGAGCUCACCUUGCUGCACCUUCGAGAGUUUGACAAGAAGAAGCUGAUCUCUGUAGAGACAGACAUUGUUGUCGAUCAGUACAAGGAGGAAAAGUUUGAGGACACAUCACCAGCCAGUGACCGCCUGUCUGAGAAGGAGACAGAGGAGCUUAUGGCCUGGAUGAGGAACGCACUGGGAUCUCGAGUUGCCAACGUAAAGGUGACUCUCCGCCUGGACACCCACCCUGCCAUGGUGACUGUGCUAGAGAUGGGGGCCGCCCGGCACUUCCUGCGCAUGCAGCAGCUGGCCAAGACACAAGAGGAGCGUGCUCAGCUCCUACAGCCCACACUGGAGGUCAACCCCAGGCACAUGCUGAUUAAGAAGCUCAAUCAGCUGAGAGAGCAGGAGCCAGAGCUGGCCCAGCUGCUGGCUGACCAGAUCUAUGACAACGCCAUGAUAGCAGCAGGGCUAGUGGACGACCCCAGGCCCAUGGUUGGCCGCCUCAAUGACCUUCUCGUCAAGGCCCUGGAGAGACGCUGAUGACAUGGUCCUCCUAGGUGACAAAGGAGAUUAUGUGCCUGGGAAGUGUCCCCAAGCAGAGACAGUAAGGACAAAAGACCACCACCUUCUUGAGCUUUAUUUACCUCCAUUAAAGUAUUUCUUAAUCCA